AUGUCCAUUUGCUCCACCGUCGGUGCCGGAUUCAACCUUCAUUCGCCGGCGAAUACCAUCAAUUCAACCCGUUUAUCUUCUCAUUUCGUCUAUCGGAUUCCGGUGAGUUCAUUCUCUUUCUCUUUUCAAACUUCUUCUUUACGUUUAUCACAAACCCCCAAAUUCAGUAGGAAAGGACGAAAUCGCAUUGUAGUUUCUUCGGCCCCAGUUGUUGAAUCCACUAAUUCUUCGUUUAGAGCCAAAAACCCUAAAGAUACUAAUGUUUUGGUAGUGGGUUCUACUGGGUAUAUCGGGAAUUUUGUGGUUAAGGAGCUGGUUAGUAGAGGGUUCAAUGUCAUUGCCAUUGCUAGGGAGAAGAGUGGAAUUAGAGGUAGAAACAGUAAGGAACGAACAUCUGAUCAGUUGAAAGGAGCUAAUGUUUGUUUUUCAGAUGUGUCCCAUUUGGAUGUUUUGGAGAAAUCUUUAGGGGAUCUGGAUGUGCCUAUUGAUGUUGUGGUUUCUUGCCUUGCUAGCCGAACUGGUGGCAUAAAGGAUUCUUGGAAAAUUGAUUAUGAGGCUACAAAGAACAGUUUAGUGGCUGGAAGAAAUCGUGGGGCUUCUCAUUUUGUGUUGCUUUCUGCAAUUUGUGUGCAGAAACCUCUUCUUGAAUUCCAACGUGCUAAGCUCAAAUUUGAGGCUGAGCUAAUGGAAGCAGCUAAAGAAGAUAGUGGAUUUACAUACAGCAUUGUUAGACCAACUGCUUUCUUUAAGAGCUUAGGAGGUCAAGUUGAGUUGGUGAAAGAUGGUAAGCCAUAUGUGAUGUUUGGGGAUGGGAAGUUGUGUGCGUGCAAGCCAAUCAGCGAGCAGGAUUUGGCUUCUUUUAUUGCAGAUUGUGUGUUGAGUGAAGAUAAAAUCAAUCAGGUUUUGCCCAUUGGUGGCCCCGGGAAAGCGUUGACUCCGUUAGAACAAGGUGAGAUCUUGUUUAGGCUGUUGGGGAAAGAACCGAACUUCUUGAAAGUACCGAUUGGGAUUAUGGAUUUUGCCAUUGGAGUUCUCGAUUUCCUUGUCAAGUUCUUUCCUGCAAUGGAAGAUGCUGCUGAGUAUGGGAAAAUUGGAAGAUAUUAUGCAGCUGAGAGUAUGUUGCUUUUAGAUCCUGAAACUGGAGAGUACAGUGCAGAUAAAACACCAAGUUACGGAAAGGACACAUUAGAAGACUUCUUUGAAAGGGUCCUCAGGGAAGGGAUGGCUGGUCAAGAAUUAGGUGAACAGAGCGUUUUUUGAUAUUUUCUGCAGAGUAGCAGGUCCUUGGAGUUGCAAGUUUGAGAUGGACGGUACACGUGAAGCAGUCUCAUAUGGAACAAGCAAAAACCAGAUGGGGAUGACAUUGCACCUAACCCCACCCUCUACUUCUCUUGCCUUGAAGUUUUUCCUAUCUUCAACUGUUGAAAACGACGACGAGGAUCCAGAUUUUCCAACACAAGUUUCGGUUAAAUUAAUCCUUACUCAAACUUGUUCUUUGGAAAACAACUAUCCUUCACUUCAUUUUUGUUCAAGUAUUAGCUAACUAUUGAAGUUGGAAGCUAACAUAUUGUAACUUGUAACCGUGGUUCGUUUUCGAAUAACUUCUUUUUCAGGAUGCUCUGUUGAAUGUCAAUUUAGACUCACCAACCUUUUUACUGCCUUA